UUGUGUCGGCCGUUCGCAGGCGCCUCCCCUUUAAGGCGCGGACACGUGUGCGGCGGGCCGGAGGCGCCCGGAUGGUGCGGGAGGCCGGAGCAGUCGCCCGGCUGCGAUUGUCCCAGCGCCUGCUCUUUGCAUGGCUCGCUGCUGGAAGGGGGCUGGGGGAGUACUGGGGAGACACGGCUCUCUUCAGCCGUCCGCUCCAGCGGCGCUGAUCCUUGCUCGCAUUCUCUGCACCCAGCACAGCGUCCUCGCUGGCUUACCGGCUGGAGAAGGGCUUCUGAAUUCAAGGGCACGAGACACCCCCUGGCUUCCUCUCUGCUGCCCAUUCCUAGCUUGAGCGCUCAACAGCCAGGGCCGAUGUUUCCACGAGGGCUGGCUGAGUCCAAACUCUCCAGAGAGACGCUUCCCUGGCUAGUGAGCUGAGUGCACUCUCCCACAGUGAUGCGCCAUGCCGAUAGUGGACAAGCUGAAGGAGGCUCUCAAGCCAGGCCGGAAGGACUCCACUGACGAUGGUGAGCUGGGCAAGCUCCUGGCGUCUUCUGCCAAGAAAAUCCUGCUGCAGAAGAUAGAGUUUGAACCGGCUAGCAAGAGCUUCUCUUACCAGCUGGAGACCCUGAAGGGCAAGUACGUUCUGCUGAACCCCAAGACAGAGAAUGCCAGUCGCCAGAAGAGCUCUGAUGAGGCCCAGAUCAGGAAGCAGGGGAGUGACCAUGCUUUGGGAGGCUCUGGGGACGGUGUCCCAGCUCCCCAGAAAGUUCUCUUUCCCAUGGAGCGCCUGUCCAUGAAAUGGGAGCGGGUGUACAGGGUCGGAGCAGGACUCCACAACCUGGGCAACACCUGCUUCCUGAACGCCACUGUGCAAUGUCUGACUUACACGCCGCCGCUGGCAAACUACCUGCUGUCCAAGGAGCAUAGCCGCAGCUGUCACCAAGGAGGCUUUUGCAUGAUGUGCAUUAUGCAGAAUCACAUGAUCCAAGCUUUUGCCAACAGCGGCAAUGCAAUCAAACCGGUGUCCUUCAUCAGAGAUCUCAAAAAGAUCGCUCGGCACUUCCGCUUUGGCAGCCAGGAGGAUGCACACGAGUUUCUGCGCUACACCAUCGAUGCCAUGCAGAAGGCCUGCCUGAACGGCUACACCAAGUUGGAUCGUCAGACUCAGGCUACAACUCUGGUUCAUCAGAUCUUUGGCGGUUACCUGCGGUCCCGUGUGAAGUGUUCGGUGUGCAAGAGCGUCUCGGAUACCUACGACCCCUACCUGGACGUGGCUUUGGAGAUCCGGCAAGCUGCAAACAUAGUGCGAGCGCUGGAGCUGUUUGUGAGACCAGACAUGCUGAGCGGGGAGAAUGCCUACAUGUGUGCCAAAUGCAAGAGGAAGGUGCCAGCCACAAAGCGCUUCACCAUCCACCGUGCCUCCAAUGUCCUCACGCUGUCCCUCAAGCGCUUCGCCAACUUCAGCGGAGGUAAAAUCACCAAGGAUGUAGGGUACCCCGAGUUCCUGAACAUUCGUCCCUACAUGUCUCAAAGCAAUGGUGACCCGGUCAUGUAUGGCUUGUAUGCAGUGCUGGUGCAUUCGGGGUACAGUUGCCAUGCGGGGCACUACUACUGCUACGUGAAGGUGAGGCCCCCCUCCCAGGGGAAUCACUCCAGAGCCGCGGUGGGGUGGUGCCCUGAGUGUGCACCUGGGUGCCCAACGAUGGUGCUGGGUGGCCCUGCUGGAUGGUGGGUACUGUCUCACCCCAGCUCCCUGCUGCUGCCCUGGGCAGCCUGCUGCACUCUGUCCCUAGCCAUGUCCCGGCCUCUGAGGUGCUGGGGCAUUCCCUGCGCUGCCCCAGACCUGCCAGAGCAGAGGCCAGGGGAGGGAUUCCCAGCACCCCCAGACGCUCUCCUGGCUCUGAGUGGGGUCUCUGCCACUAUCUAUUGCACUCCCCUUCCCCAGGCCAGUAACGGGCAGUGGUACCAGAUGAACGACUCCCUUGUCCACUCCAGCAACAUCAAGGUCGUCCUCAACCAGCAGGCCUAUGUGCUGUUCUACUUAAGAAUCCCAAGCUCUAGGAAGAGUCCUGAGGGGCCCAUUGCCAAGACUGCCUCUGCCCUGCCUGGCCGAGCCGGCAUAGUCUCUGACCAGAUCAAGAAAACCGUAGCCAAUGGGCCGCUCUCCUCGCCGCUGGCUGGCAAGAGACCAGACGGGGCGUCUGGGAAGAAGCUCCAGGGAGUGGAAGAGGCCGGGAUCCCUGUGGCCCGGGGUGUGUUUGGGGCCGGGCCCAAGCUGCAGAAUGGGACCGCUCAGGCUAAGCCUCCUGCUGGGUUCCCCUCGCCCAGACUGGCUGCCAGAGCCAUGCACGUGGCGGCUGCGUUCUCGGAUGAGCUGGCCAGGAGACCCAAGAAGCCACUUGCUGUGUCCCAGGGCUUCUGUGACACCAGGGAAGCGAGCAGGGCCAAAGCCGAGGUCCCCAAGCAGAGCUCCUGGGAGAGCAAGGAGUCUCCGUUGCCCACCUCGCCCAAGCCCCAGGUGGAGCCAGCUGCACCCAGCCAAGAGUCCAGGGGCAGCGGGGAGGGCACUGAGCCGCGGAGGAAGGACUCCUGCAGCAGCAGCUCUUCCAGCCCAGUGCGCUUGGCCAAGGGACCCCUGCAGGCCAAGAGCGCAGCUAACGGCUUCUGCGCCUCUCUGGAAACGGAGUAUGGUCCAGCCGUGUCCUCAGAGCAGGAGGCCAAGCCGCCCGGCUUGGAGGACCCCCAGGUGGCGAAAUUAAAAUCCCUGCUGCUGGCUGGUGCCACCCUGGAUGUGAGCAGCACCAUGUCGCCCCCGCCUGCCAAGAAGCUGGCCCUUUCUGCUAAGAAGGGCAGCACCCCGCGGAGGGCGAGCGGAAGUGACCGCCAUGCGCCACCCCACCCAGCCUUUGCCGACCACACCUCCCCCACGAGCACCACCCACCCUGCCUCCACCUCUCCCUGGCCUCUCGGCAAGUCCAGGGUGCUCUCAUCUGCUCCCAAAUCACCACUUCCUCGAAGGCCUGCCUGCAGCCCCAGCCCAAACUCUCAGCUCCUGGCCAGCAGCCAGCCCGCCCACCCUUCACACCCAGGCAGGGAGAAGGAGGCCAGCCAGGCCCUGCCCAGCUCCUCCAAAAAGAGACAAAAGCAGCAUCUUGAGGUGGAGAGCGUCCCCCGCAGCCUGGGCCCAGUAGGUGCUAGCGGCGAGGGGGCCGGGCUCGCCAGCCCCCCCCGGAAGAGGCGGUACCUGGAGGAGGGUGAGCGUAAGGAGGCUGCGGCCAGGAAGUCAGGCAGCGGGAAGAGAGAGGGGCUGGGCCGUGGGGACCUGGAGUGGGAGCGCAGGCACCGAGCCGCAGGCUCCAGCAGCCACAUGGGCACUGGGUCCAUCACCCCCCGGAAGAGGAGGAGGAAGAGAUUGCGGCAGCUGGAGGAAGAUCACAGCCUCGGCACAUCUCCCUUGGGCAGCAGCUGCUCCGGGAAGGGCGAGGCGGCGACCCUGGUGUCUGGGGCAGGAGAGCUCCGCAGCGUGAAGCAGCAGCAGCAAGGUUUGGAGGUGAAGGAUGGCGAGAUUGAGCAUCAGAAGUGCAAGCGGAGGGAGAGCUCCAGCAGCCCGGCCUCCAAGCCCAGCUCUGAGCAGGCAGCUGUGAAUGGGCUCCACACCAGAGCCAGCACUCCAGUGGCAGUGUACGUCUGGGACAGCCAGGUCAGAGAUGGCUCCACACGCAGCCCGGAGAAGGGGCGGGGCACUGGGACAGCAUGGCAGAGCCAGGAGGCGGCCAGCGUGGUGCAGGAGCUGCUCAGGAAUUCCUCUGAUAAAGCGUAUGGGAGGCAAGUGCUGACGUGGGAGGGCGAGAUCUCUGCCAUUAGCCAGGACGCCCUUCGGGACAUGGCGUGGGCCCGGAGUGCAAGAGUCACAGACGACUGGGACGAGGACAUCGACGGUGGCAAGGUGAAGAGGAGUAAAAAGUUCAAGCGGGAGCGGAGGAGACACUUCAACGCCUUCCAGAAACUGCAGAACAGACGCAACUUCUGGUCCGUGACUCACCCAGCCAAGGUGGCCAGCCUGAGCUACCGGCUCUGAGAGCGGGGGCCCAGCUGGAGCCUACAGUUCAGCCCUGGCACUCGUGGGCCAGGGGGCAGAGCGGCUGGACCCUGCGGUGCUCGUGUUGACUUGUCCCCUCCCAUCUGACUUGCCUGCUGCAUCGUCUCCGGAGCCAGGCCGAGGGCCAUGGUGUGCGACAGGCCUUGGUGCCGCUGGUGUUCAGCCUCUUGUGCAGGGCGGGAGCAGGGGCACCUGCCCCAUGGAACAGGGGCUGGUUCUUGGAUGUGGGGGAAGGUUGAGGCUCGCCGGAGUGUAGCUAACCUGGCUGGUUCACACGCUUUAAGUCCCCCUCGCUCCGCCAUGGCCAGUGCCAAGGAGCAUCAUGGGGGCGCUGAUGCCUCCCCCUGGCAGGCAGCUGAGAAAGGGCCCCUUAGGGCAUGUCCCAUAGCCAAGGCUGGGAUGCAGAUCAAACCCUGCUCCUGAUUGCCACAGCCUCUGGGUGACUCCUCCACGCCCCUGCUCCUGGCACUGGGACUGGCCAGCAGCCUGCCUCGUGCCCAGCCGUGCUCCUCCUUUCACCUGGGGAGCCUUGUGAUCAUGCUGCUGUCACACGCUGUCUGGUGGGGCAGCUAUUCCCCUGCUGCACUGGCCCCAGGACUGAGCAUGGUGCUGGGAUUGUGUCCAGCCUGGUGCUUCUGGGCAGGGAAGUGCCUGUCAAUGGUGCUUUGUCACUGCUGCGCCCCAGUCUCAGCUGGGGCCCGUACAGCCAGGUGCACACGUGGCUCCUGGGCUGGGGCUGGCAGCUGGCACUGCUCUGCCUUGCAAACAUCAGCCCUGCUCAUGGGGCUCUGAGGCUGCUGCCUAGGGCAGUUUUCUGUUAAUGCCUCCCCUGUAUCCCCAAUCUCCUCUCCACCCCACUCCCCCCACUUUGAGCUGCUUCUGCCUGGGUCCCUGGGCAGAGAGAGUAAUGAGCUCAUACAGGCCUCCUUCAGCUCAACCAACUGCUCUCAUGGGUGAGCGUCACCCCCGUCCAGCUUGCCCUCCUGUCCUGGGUUCCCUCUGUCUAGCUGGAGACAGGGCCCCAGCAGAACCAGGCUGCUGCCAGAGUGGGAGAAGGGGGCCAUCCCCUGCCACAGCUUGGUCCAGCGGCGUGUGUCCCUGCACAGAGAUCAGCUGUUGGCCUGAGCUGCUAGCCCCCAGCACGCCUGCCUUGACUUCAGUCCAUUUGGCUUUCCCUGGUAGUGCGCCGGUUCGUCUCGCUGAGGGUGUGCUCCCUGCUCUUGGGGUGGGGAUGCUGCUGGGCCAGGAGCAGAUGGGGGGCGGGGGGGCUCUGCUGGGCUAAUGGUUGUUGUGGGGGCUGUGGGAAGAUCUCCUGGGGCACUGAUGCUUCAGUGGAGAGGCUGCCUCCACCCAUCUGCUGCUGCGUGUCCAUGUCUGCCUGGUACCUCUUAACUGCAUUCCCUGCACCACUGCCCCUCUGCCAAACCUCCCUGCUGUGCAAUUCCCAGGAAAAGAAUGUUCUCCAGGUCUUCCAGGGGUAGGGCCCUGCUCUCCCCCCUGAGAGCCUGAGAGCUGUCAUGCAUUAUCUUUUUGCAUCCUGCUGUCAGCCAGAUAGGCCAGGUGAAGGAGUUAAUGGCUGCAAAUCAUUUCAUUAUCUCAGAUGUGUACAUAUAUCAAAGCCUGUUUAAUAGCUGUUACAGCUAGGAUUUGCAUUUAUUUAAAUUUUCAACUUAGUCAAGGGAGAAAAGCCAGCGUGAGACUCCGUCCCUUCCCCCAGGGGAGAUUUCCCUCUUACAGUGGGGAUUAUUCUGACAUCUUGUACAGUUUGCUGAUCAACGGUUCCAUAAUCUCAAUGUAUAUGUGUGUAGAUACCUGGAGCUGAUCUGUUCAUGGUUGUAUUUUGCACCUCCUGCUGGGGACAAUGCAGUAACCUCAGUUAUUGCCAAGAUCAUGGUGCAAUAAAGUUACCAGUUUUGA